AUGUUGAAAAGUAAAUAUAACAAUGAUGAUAUCAGUGAUGAUGAUUAUGUUAGGGAACGUCCAAUAUCUUUAAAUUCAAGAACAAUUCAUAUUCGAUAUGAAUCAAAUAAUAUUGUUAAAGGAAUUGAUAAUGAAAUUAAAAAAAAAAUAGAAGAAGGAAAAAUAUAUAUGGGUGAUAUAAGCCCUAUAAAAAAUGCAGAAAUUGAAGAAGCAUUUUUAAAAAGCUUAUAUGACAAUUCUAAAAAUGUAAAUAAUAAAAAAAAUGAAAAAAAAAAUAAACGUCUAAAUAAAGACAAGUUAAAAAAUGUAAAAAUAAAUGAAGAUAAUGGCGAUUGUAAAAAAGAGACUAUACAAAAUGAUUUCGUUGAAAGGGCAGGGUCGAACAGUGAAGGAAAUGUAAGAAGCAGAGAGGAUAUAAAAAGUGUAAGAAAUUUAGAGGACCUAAAAAGUGUAAGAAGCAAAGAGGAUAUAAAAAAUGUAAGAAAUUUAGAGGACCUAAAAAGUGUAAGAAGUGCAGAGGAUCUAAAAAGUGUAAGAAGUGUAGAGGACCUAAAAAGUGUAAGAAGUGCAGACGAUUUAGGAAAAAGUGGGAUAAAAGAUAGAUGCGGUUCAGAAACACCUUCAGAAUCUCAUCCUUCAUCUAAAAAUAAAUUUAUAAAUACAUUUUUUAACAAAAAAAUAAAAAAUAAUAUAUUAGAUAUUAAUUCAUAUUCAGAUAUGUUUGAAAAAGAAACAAUUAAAUAUAUAAAAGAAAAAGAACGUAAAUUAAGAAAAAAAAAAGCACAUGCAAAUUUAGAAGCAUUAAGAUUACAAUAUAUACCGAUAAAUAAUGAUAAGUUUGCAAAUAUUCCAAUUAGUAUAAGAGAAAAUAUAUUAGCAUUAUUUGGAUGUAUAAUAAUAAAGCAUAUAGAUUCAUUUGAUGAUCAAGAUAUGCAAAAUAAUAUAGAACAAUUAUCUAUAAAAUUUUUGAAACAAUUAUCUAAUUUACUUGAAGUAGACCCAGUAGCUUAUCAAUGUGUUAUAAAGCCUUUUGAACAACGAGAAUUAAUAAGAGAAGUUACAGGAAAUAAAAAAAUAUAUCAAUUAAAUGAAAAACCUUUUGUUGAUAAUUUAUUAAAAGAAAUAAAAGAAUUACAACCAGAUAUAAAUCGUAGAUUUAAAAAUGUUGUAGAUGAAUUAAAUAAUGAAAUGGAAUUUUGGCAAAAUGAUGAUGCAGUAAUAGAUUCUUCUACUCAUUCUAAACAAUUUAAUAGCAAUAUAAUUGAUGGGAAUCAAAAUAUUAAAAAUUUAUAUGAUAGUCAUAUAUUUGAAAAUAAAACACAUAGUGAUUGUAAUAGUGAUUAUUGUAGUAACAAUAGUGAUAUAGAUAAUAUAUUUUGUAGAUAUAAUAAUAAUAAUAAUGAUUCAGAUUAUUUAGUUGGAAGUUUUGUAAAAAGAGAAAUAGAUGAAUCUUAUAGUGCCGAGGAAAUAAAUGACUAUUUUUCACUACCACCAAAUACUAAUGAAAAAAAUGAUAAAAUAAAUACCCGCAAAAAAUUUGAUGAUGAUAAUAAUGAUGAUAAUAAUGAUGAUAAUAAUGAUGAUGAUAAUGAUGAUAAUAAUGAUGAUAAUAUUAAAAAGGAAAAAAAAUAUUGUUAUGGAAAAAUAAAUCAGACAAAUCAAGAAACAGAUGAGCUUAAUUUUAAUUUGAUUGAUAAAAAGACUUUUGAUGAAGAUAACGAAAAAUUAGAUCAUUCAUUUAAUAAGUAUGUAAUGGAAAAACCCAAAGAAAAUAUGACUAGCCAAGUUGUAAUACCAAAGGUUUAUUCUUCAAGUAAAGAAUCUAAUCAUUCCGAAGAAAUAAAACCCUCCACAAGUAGAUGCAACUCGGCAAGUAUACCUGAUUCUAUAAAACAAAGUGGCAUUGAAGAUGUAUAUGACCAAGCAAGUAGCAAAUACUCCGAAUAUAAAAACAUAAUUGAUGAAAAUAAUUUGAAUAAAAGUGAUAAGGAUAUUUGUUUUGAUGAUCAAAAAAGAAAAAAAAAUUUAUCGGAUAAAGUUGGAGAUUCGGAAAGUAAUAAAAAUAACGAAUUAAAAAGUGUUAAUGGAAAUGUAACAGAUGAUAAGGAAGAUAUAAGAAGAAGCAUAAAAGAUGAAAUAUAUAAUAAUGACGAUGAUAAUGAGGAUGGUAAUGACGAUAAUAAUGAGGAUGGUAAUGACGAUAAUAAUGAGGAUGGUAUUAUAGAAGUGAGAGAAAAAGACAGUGAUGUAUUAAAUAUUUCAAAAUUAAAUACAAAACAAUCUAAUAGUAGUUUAGAAACAAUAGGUGAUUUACAUGAAACUGAUGUAAACCCACAAUUAAAUUGUGGAGUUCCAACAAAAGGACCAGAAGCCAAAUCUGUUAUUUUGCGAGAUUUAUUCACAACAUAUAUUAUGACUGGAAAUAAUAAUGCUAGAAUACAAUUAUAUUUUCAUAAGUUUGCAAAAUGCUUAAAAAUUAAUGAAUUAUUAAUUUUAAGAAUUGAAGAAAAUUUAGCUUCUGAUUUAAUAAAUGCAUUACAACCAUCUACAAAUGAAUCUACAAAAAAUAAACAUAUUCGAAGAAUAAAAAUAGCAGCAGCAGCAUUAGGUGGUGGUGCAUUAGUAGCUUUUACAGCGGGUUUAGCUGCCCCGGGUAUCGUAGCGGGUUUAAUUGCACUCGGUGCAGGAGGAAGUGGAGUUACUACAUUUUUAUCAACUGCGGGUGGAUUAGCUUUUAUCGUUUCAUUAUUCGGUGCAGGUGGUGCAGGUUUAACUGGAUAUAAAUAUAGUAGAAGAAUAGCAAAUAUAAAAAUAUUUGAAUUUCUUAUGUUAAAUGGUAGUAUAUCAAAAUCUUUAAGUGUAUCUGUAUGUGUAAGUGGUGAAAUACAAACAGAUGAUGAUAUUACAUUACCUUGGAUGAAUGCAUUUCCAAAUUGCUAUUGUGAUUUAUAUGCAUUAAAAUGGGAAAAUAAUUUGUUAAAAACUUUAGGAUCAUUAAUUGAAACAAUGUUAUCACAAGAAUUUGCAAUAACAGCUAGUAAAAUCUGGCUACAGUACACAAUAGCUAGUACUUUGAGUGCAGCUUUAGCAUGGCCAUUAGCUUUAAUAAAAUAUGCAUCUAAUUUAGAUAAUGUUUAUUUAGUAAUAAGAGAAAGAGCACAACAAGCUGGACGAAUAUUAGCAGAGGCACUUAGUGAUAAAAAUACAGUUGGACAAAGACCGGUUAUAUUAAUUGGAUAUUCAGUUGGAGCUCGAGUUAUAUUUUAUUGUUUAAAAUAUUUAUAUUCUAAAAAAUUAUAUAACAUUGUAAGUAAUGCUAUUUUUAUAGGGCUACCUGCAACGACAAGUACAAAAAUAUGGAGCCAAAUUCGUAUGACUGUGACAAAUCGAGUAAUUAAUGUAUAUUCAAAAAAUGAUUGGUUAUUAGGAUUUUUAUAUAGAUACAUGGAAUGGAAAUUAAAUGUUGCGGGCUUAAUGCCUAUUAAUGAUCCUGGUAUUGAAAAUUAUGAUGCAAGUGGAAUUAUACACAGCCAUUUAGAUUAUAAAAGAAAGUUGAAAGAUAUUUUUAGUUUGAUUAAUUUUGAUAUGUAA